UGAUCUUUUUUGGACGAAAGUAAACAACUUACCGCAAAUUGCUCAAGGCAAAUUUAUCAUUAGUUUGCGCCGAAUAAAACAAUCAAAAUGAUAGUUGUAUGUUAAAAACUGUCGACACGCGAAAUCCCCAAUAUUCAGUUUAAAGUACAAAUUUUAGUCAAAGCGUCACACCUGUGCAAGCAAACCUAGUUGGACCAUGUUCAACAACACAUCUUUCUAUUUUAGACAAAGUUCUUUCGCCCAUGUUUGUAACUGGAACGAUCGUAAGAUUCGCGUAAUCGAGAACGAAUCUUAUCUUUACAAUGUUCUUUUCUCAAUACCUGUUAUUAUCACUGUUUUAUCACCGGUGGCAGUGGCGGGGAAUGCUUUGAUCCUGGCGGUAAUUUGGAAGAACAACUUUGCGAGAACACCAUUCCAUAUUCUUCUCAGUGCAUUAGCGCUCACGGAUUUUUGCACAGGACUACUCUCCCAACCUUGCUAUGCUGCGGCCUCCUUCAUGUGCUUGGCUAACCCCAGAGUUCCUGGCGACAAGGCGAAACUUAUCACCAUCUUAAAAACAACCGGCGAGUGUGGCUCCAUCUUCUUUCUUGCCCUCACGGUUCUUCUUAUAACACUGAUGUCCGUUGAACGAUGGCUUCACAUGUCGACUAGACGAUCCCUCUUCACAUCGUGUCGGGGAUGUUCCGUUAUGAUCGUACUGUCACUCAUUCCCGUCUCCACAAUUGUUUUUCGUGUUUUGGAAAAUGAGAGUCGGAAAUACAAAAAUUACAGGAGAUUUGCAAUUAUUGCAUCCUCGUUCACUUGCUAUCUUACCACCUCAUUUGCCUAUUUUAAAGUUUACCGAAUCAUUCGUUGUCACCAACAGCGAGUCCAAGCAACUUCUCACAACAUUGGUCGACAGGCAAUAGACUUGGCGAAAUACAAGAAAUCUGUGGCCUCGAUGGUGUAUAUUUUCUUACUAUUUACUGUGUGUUUCUUGCCUUAUAUCAUAUUUAGUGGGGUGUAUCUAAGCAUGCAGGAUAGGUUAGAAGUGUACGCCGCCUUAAAAGCGUCUAUAGCGCUUACACUUUUGUCUUCUUCACUCAACCCUGCGCUUUACCUCUGGAGAAUGAAGGAUAUUUACAAUGGAGCGAAAAACAUAUUUUGCAGGGGUGGUUAAUGAAACUGUCAAUGGAAGAGUGUAUUGAGCGAGUGUCUCAUAGGUACCGGAGAUUACUCCGGGUUUUGUAGAGCGUGUAGGAGUAUUUCUUCUUCAAAAUGGAUAGUGAUGCUACCCAGUUCAUCGCAGGCUGUGGAGAGGGUCUGCGAGAAUAAAUUACAUUGUACAUAACUCGGACCUCGUCCAGCACGCCAAAUGAAAGACAGUAGGGACUUAAAGUAAAUUUAAACUUUACUUGCGAAUCUCUCAUUAAAUCUUAUGUUUAGUGACGUUCCUGUUGACUUUGCCGUCAUGAUUUUCUCAAACCGUCGACGUGGUCUACGUUCUCAAACGCCAAGGACGACCAAGCCUCGGUUUUAGAAGGCAAAUUGCAAAUUUUAUCAUGAACAAAUUACCAAAGAAGCAAAGAUGAAAAGAAUACCCACGUGAAAAAAAACCACCAAGGCAACGAAGGUUUGAGAAACUGUCUCACAAUCGCGGCUUGGUGGUGAAUUUUGAGCGUGUGUUAAAGCGACCUUCGGGGAAAUUAGCUUCAACACUCUUUGUUUGGUUGCUUCUCUUUUUAUUUCCACUAUUGAUGACUUCGGUAAAAUACUCACAACGUUCUCUUACUGCUACUCUUGUCUGGUUACAGCAAUUACUACAACUACAAGGAGCUAACUCGUCAUGUUCCUUUAAAAAGGGACAACCACGUCAUCCAUCAAAUCAAUUUCAAUCUGUCAAUUACGCCAACGUAAUGUCACGCGCAGUUCCAAUAAGGUUCUAUUGCGACUGCGCACCAAGCUACUUAGCAUAUUUUCCUUCGAGGUUAUCGAGGUUGACUAAAACAUUUUCUACCUUUAUUUUAACCGACUAUUCUUAAGUGGUUGACCUAAAUAAGGUAACGUGAGCAAUAUAAAAGUUACAAUC